AUGAGUUCUGAUACUGAAGAGUAUUCAGUGUUUCACGCGAACAGUAAUACACUACCAGACGUUUGCAUUAUACCUAGCGAACAUCAUCGACUUUUACUCCCGUCAAUUUCUACCAACUCCGGUAUGGACGUAGCUGAUAAUCUUCAUUUACCCCCAUGGAAUACGAAUAUAAUUGAUGAUCCUGACUAUGCUGAUGUUGUUAGACAAGCUGAAAGAGCUAUCGAAGGUGGAAUACUACCAGUACGAAUAGCAGCCGGAUCAUCCGGGUCAUAUUUUGUUCGAAAUCUCGAAGGAAAAACCAUCGGCGUAUUUAAACCAAAAGAUGAAGAACCUUAUGGUAGAUUUAAUCCUAAAUGGACUAAAUGGUUACAUAAAACCCUUUGCCCAUGUUGUUUUGGUCGUGGUUGUCUUAUACCUAAUCAAGGUUAUCUUUCCGAAGCUGGUGCUAGUAUUAUUGAUACAAAACUUCGCUUAAAUAUUGUACCCAAAACACGAGUCGUUCGUUUAGCCUCUGAUUCAUUCAAUUAUCCAGCAUAUCAACGCCAUUUAAUAACAGCUAAACGUGAAAUAAAUGAAAGUGUUGGUCGACAUAUGCAUGGUCGACGAGUGUUUCAACCGAAAGGAUUACACCCUAAAAUUGGAUCAUUUCAAUUAUUUGUUGAAAAAUAUGUUGAUGCAGAUGCUUUUCUUAAGCAAUUCGAUCGUGAUUCAUCAUCAGCAGAUGUAGCUAUUCAAUUCCAACGGCAAUUCGAAAAACUUGUUGUCUUAGAUUAUAUUAUUCGUAAUACUGAUCGCAACAACAGCAAUUGGCUGGUUAAGUGCGAAACCAAGAAAGUCAACGAACGUGAUAUGCUUCUUCAGACGCUUUCUAACCCGCAACUACAAACAGAACAACAGAUUGAAAAUGCUGGCGAAGUAAAUCAUCUAAGUAACGCCGCAACAACGAUUACUACAGAUGAAACAACAAGUGCAAAACCAACUGUUGAUAUCCACAUAGCUGCCAUUGAUAAUGGCCUUGCUUUUCCAUUCAAACAUCCAGAUGAAUGGCGUACAUAUCCAUUCCACUGGGCUUGGUUACCGCAAGCUAAAACUCCGUUUUCUGACGAAAUAAAAGAACUUGUAUUACCAUUAUUAUCCGAUAUGAACUUUAUUCAACAUGAAAUAUGUGAUGAAAUUCAACGUUUAUUUUCUCAAGAUAAAAAUUACGAACGUCGUUUAGUUGAACGACAAUUAUCUGUGAUGCGUGGACAGAUUAUUAAUUUAGCGCAAGCUAUGCGGGAUGGUAAAUCACCAUUUCAAUUAGUUCAAAUGCCUGGUGUUAUUGUCGAACGAUUAGUUGGUGGUGCUCAUGAUGGUCCGUCUGAAUCUAAACAAUUUAAACAAAAAUUUAAUGAUCGUUAUCCACUAUUCAGUUGGUUUUAA